UGAUACUCAAGGACUCCGCUCAUGUAUACGUCGAAGGUGGUCGAAAACUGCAAUAUUCCACAGUGACCUAAGAGUCAACCGUAGUCGGCCGCAAGUCCGAAUUUGAGAGCAGUUGAUCGAAAGAUUGACCAUCCGGCCCAUACACCAUGUCCUUUACGUUUAUUGUCAUGACGAUGCUCCUGGGCUCUUCGAUGGUGUUUGCAUUUGUCUUGCUGCCAUCCGAGGAAGUUUCUGCUGCCCCUGCGAACUCUCCUGUGUCGCAGCACAGGUGCUCGGGGGGGUCAUUGCAGUCCAUCAGACAGAGUCUCCUCGAGGGCCUCAACUUGCAGGCUGAGCCACAGCUGCCUGCUGGUGGGCUGGACGGUAUCGGAGAGCAAUGGAGGACCACCUUCGGCUCCAUUGCUCACAGAGUGAAGGACAAUGGUGUUCCAGUGGCCUCUGGCAACUCUGUGUCCCCUGAUGGUGGAAACAGUACAGACCUGAAGUGCUGUUCCAUGGCCUCUGAGAUCUUCAUGAAAGAUCUGGGCUGGGAUAACUGGAUGAUCCAUCCUGCCAGCCUGACCAUCGUCCAGUGUGCACUCUGCAACCCCGCAGGGCACCCUGUGCAAUGUCCACCAUCCCUAACCAUCCCUAAUGCCAGUACUCAGGUGCCAUGUUGUCAGCCCACCUCCCUCCAAAUGGUGCCUGUUCUCUAUGUGGAUGAUUUCAGCACCCUCGUCAUCUCCUCCGUGCAGCUGGCCAGCAGCUGCGGGUGUGGGCCUAGUAACCUCCAGCAGCCAGGCACAAAGUAAAGUUUGUUUUAUAGUUCUGUGUAUGUGAACCACCUGGUGCACACACUCACACAAAAUACAGAAAAGUUAGUGAUACAUUAUA